UACUGCGAUCGCGCGAUCGAGUCUCCGACAAUGGAUCGCUGGACGGUUGCUGCCUAUCUUUUCGCCAUCCUAUUAAUACGACAGUUGGUCGGGGGUGCAUGGACUUUUUCUCUGCGGGUCUCCUCUGCUCGCUGUUGCACCAGUCCCACCUCCUGUGAGCAGGUUGGCUCGUGUGAGGACCUCGCUAUUGGGAUAUGUCUCAGGAGUCCUGAUACUCCUGUUGAAGAUCGUGAAAGUUGUUCCGUUUUCUUCACUGGUAAUGGAAGCGACAUCAUUGACAGACAACUGACCCCUUUUAGAAGUAAUCCUGACUUUACUACCACUGGAUAUCAGGUAAAACUAAAAUUAUCUGUAUUUCUUGUUAGCUACAGCACGUCCCUUACAGGGAGGGGUUCAGAUAUUUGCUGGAGUCACACUUAUGCCAGACUUUGCACCGUUUAAUGAUAAUACCAUAGAUACCAUAUUUGUCACAGUGGGCACUUUACCAGGUAGUGGAGAGGUGUCAGUAGCUGGAGGUGGGAAGAACGGAAGAGCAAACUUGACCUUCUUCAUCAGUGUGGAGUGUAGCCCGGGAUAUGGUGGGGAUGACUGUCUGUCAGUCAACACAUGUAGUGAGCUGAUCGCCUGCAACCUGACUCUGGGAUACUGCAACACUCCCGGAGAAUGUGUCUGCCACGAUGGAACAACUCAGUGCCGUACCAACGUGACGGAGCCUAAUGCAGCAGAACCUGAUGUUAUCAGUAAUACAACAGCAAUAGUCAUUGGAGCGGUGUGCAGUGCUACAUUUCUAACUAUUGGAGUUCUAGUGGGAGUGGUGGGACUGUACCUCAUACAGAGAGUGAGGGGCAGGUCGUCUGGCCCCACCUCUUCCUCUCCCCCUCCCCUCCCUCCACCAGUCACCUAUGAGGAGGUGGGUGCGGCAAGAGAGGUCAAGAGUUCAGAAUACAUUCAGCUGACUCCCAAUGAGGCAUAUGGUCCAGUACUAAACGACAACAUUCCCACUUCUCACAACACUGCUUAGUGCAGCUGUGAUCCAGGGAUAGCCAUUGCCAGUUGUGUUGUAGCCUAUCCUGCAGUAAUUUUAAUAAUGUUCUGCUUGUAAAGCUACUUACGCCACUGUGUGAAUUAACCAAUGUUUUGAGUAUACUGCAUAGCCACUUUACUAGGAGUGGUGGGCAGUUUUACUGGCCCCUCAUUCCCUGU